GUUCACUGAAGUCACAACAUGAAGAUGGACUGAUAGGUUAUCAUGUACAAACUAGAUGAAGGAAUUUGCUCUGCUGCUAUAUGCCACCUGCAGUAUAAUGCUCUCCAAAGAGGAGAAACAAAUAUUUGCCUGGGACUGGAACUCGUUAACUGUUGCUGAGCCGUUAACUUCAACUGAAUUUUAUGGACACUACUCGAACAAAAUAGGUCAGCUGCACUGAGAAUACAGAAGCCUCUGUGAUAGAAUAAAAGGAAGCCUGCGACCUUAUAAAUCAUCAUGAAAGAGUCUCCUUUUUAGAAAAAGGAUUAGAACAGCCAUAUGAAAGACCAUACUCUGCAAAUGAUUCCACAUCCAAGUGCUUCAAAACAUAUCCUGAGAGAUCUAAGAUAUCAGUCCAAUCACCGCCGCAAUGUAUCAUGAAAGAAAAAGGAGAUCCGAGGGUAUUGUCCCACUCUACUUGACACUGCUGAGGUCUCCGUUGGAAUGCUGUGUCCCAUUCUGGGCAUCACACAUAAGAAAGAUCUGGACUCUCUCCAGUUUGUCUACAGCAAUGGAAGUGAUGAAAGGUUUAGAAAGCCUGACCUGUUGGGAAAGACUGGCAAAAUUGGGCACGUUUAGACCUGAGAAAAGAAAACCGAGGGAGAACCUGAUAAUCUUCAAAAGUGUUAAGCUGUUAUAAAGAGAGCUAUUCAAUGUCUACUGAAGAGACAAUUAGCCUACGUGAACUAUUGACCGGGAUCGAAUCAAUGAGUAGAGCUUUGAAGCAUAAGACAAGUGAAAACUAUGCAUCUGCCAGUUGGGCCUUCAAUUUACCCAGUGUUUCCACAUGUGUACAUGAUGACAUUCCUAGUCUUCAGAUGCAAUACAAAGGCAAAGAAUACCAGGACUGGAGAGGGGUGGUAACAAAGAAACCUUCAAAAGUGCAAAAACAAGUGGAGCAAAAGAGUCCAAUAAUAAAAGUAUCAGAGAAAAAGAAGAGAACAAAUUCACAAGAUGAAAAAUUAAAGGAAGCUGUAACAACUACUACUAUUAAGCCAGAAAGGAAGAUUAGCAGUGGAAAACAUGUUGUCUUUAGAACUCAAGAAAAGGUCAAAAGAAUUGGACCACACGUAGAAAUCUUUGAGGCUUUUCAUACCAAAAAGGAUCCUAGCUGCAAAAAAGUAAUUAAAGCAGCCAUUUAUAUUCAGAAAUAUGCCAGAGGAUGGCUUGAACGUGCCAGAUUCAAAAGAAUAAAGACCAAGGCGGCACGUCAUGGACCAUCCCUUUUAGCGGUUGUAAAGGAAUACCGUAAAAUGAUGAAUCGCAUUCAGCGUCGAGCUGGUGUUUUGAAUCCAUCCACACCACUGAAGUAUUCAGAACUAGAGGAAUGGAUGGACAAGAAAAAAUUUUAUGAAACAAUGUUUGCCAAGAGGGAGUUUGGGAAAGAUAUGGAUAAAAAUGAUCUUCAGGCAUUUUUCAAAGACUGUGGAAAAGUGCUAUCCAGGAAGGAAAUAGAUAGGAUGCUGCAUGUGGUCUAUCCAGGUUUCGCUUCUGAAGUCAAAACCAUCAAGAAGUAUCACGCGCUCGAAUUGGCUUUCACAAUAUUUCCUCCUGCUGGUUCAAAGCAGAACACUGUAGCUGUUUCAAAGUCAACCUGGGUGCAGCCCAUAGUAGAUGGAAUUGAUGGAUAUGGAUAUCUAGUGAGUGGACAUCCAGCAUUAAAGGCAGCUGACAUUCGAGUGGUAGGAGAGUUAGUAGCCUCAUCAAUGAAAGCAUGGAAAAUGAAGAACCUUUCUGCUCGGGAUUCCUUGCAAUGAUGGCUGGAAAGUAGACAACAGUCUUUCAACAUCAAAUACUUCUGCAAGUGUCCACAAGCAAGGAGUUUGAUUGUAACAUAAUGCACUACAUCUGUGUAUACACAACUCAUAGAUGUCCUACAACUUGAGAACCAUAGCCAGAGAGGCUGUUACAGCUAUUUAUUGAAAAUCUGCUCGGCUUUGUUACUCAGGCUGAAGCAUGCAUGUUGAUGUGCAUGGUAUAGGAUAAAUGGUAGAAGUACAAGAAGCAUGUACAAAUGUUUCAGAGGAAAGGACCAGCACA